AUGGUCUCAACUCGCAACCAACGCAAAGCGUCUAGAGAAGAACUUUUAGGUCCUUUGCUCGUACACCGAAAGCCAAGGUCCAAGAGAGGCAAUAUGACUGGAGAAAACAAACAGGAUACAUCUAGUGAUGACGAUCGCAUCACUAAACUUGAGAAACAAGUUGAAAAAUUGUCUGCAUCAAUCCUUAAACUCGUGGAGAGUUUGAAGACUGGAAAAUCUUCACGUCCAUCAACUUCAUCUGAGCCUGAUCAAAAGCUCAAGAAAAAGGUUGUUGAGGAUAUCGAAGAUGAAGACGACAUACAAGCUGAAUCAGAAUUGACUUGGAAGAACUUCAAUAAGCUUUUGAGAAAACAAUUUUAUCCAGUUGGCUAUGAAGAUGAAAGAUGGUAUAAGUGGCAACACUUCAGACAAAGAUUUGGGCAGCCUGUACAAGAAUAUACAACAGAGUUCCACAACCAAGUUAUGGUUCUGGACAUUGACGUUGACGACUACGACGUUUUCAUGAAGUAUACCGGAGGUCUUGCCGACUACAUAUGGAAAGAAUUAAAAUUGUUCACUGUAGAUACUAUUAAAGAAGCUACGGUGAAGGCCAUUGCCAUUGAGGCAAAACAUAAAAGAACUGACAAAAAGGAUGACAGAUCAAAACCUGUCAACAAAACUAACUGGCAGAAAAAGGGGAAGCAAAGCAAGGAAGACAAGUGCUGGAUACUCCAUCCUGAGUUUCGGCCAAAGCGCGAGAAAAACAACCAGGGGAGAAAUGACAGAAAAGCCACCUUAACUACACAACAGGCAGAAGAGCUUCCAGAGUUGAAGCAACCUGAUGUUACACUUACCCUUAUGACAAGACCAGCAGAUACUGAAGACACAUACAAUCGUGAAGAGUUGUUUCAUGUGAAUAUUCAGGACCGAGAUGCCAUCCACUAUCGGAGGCUUCGCAAGUAUCGACUUGUGAAGGAUGGGAAGGAGUUCCACAUCAACGUUUGCAAGCCUCAAGCUACAAAUAAUUUGCUUGCAGAUAAUUUGCUGGCAGCUAACCAAGCUAAGAGGUUAGUCAAUUCAUGUGAGCGAUUUUUUUUGUUGAUGAUUCGACCGCAAGAUCAGAGUUCUGGAGCUGUGACAUUGUCUACAUUGUCUUUAUCUCCUACACAAUGCUCAGACAUAGGGAAAUUACAGGAGAAGUUCAAGGACUUAUUUCAUGAUGUGCAGGGUUUGCCACCACGGAGAGUUGUGGAGCAUGAGAUCCAGUUGGUAGGAGAUUCACCUCUACCAAACUUGGGUUUGUAUCGUACUUCUGUGACGGAAUCUGACGAGAUCAAAAAGCAAAUUCAGGGACUUCUUGAACAAGGAGUUAUCAAACCUAGCUGCUCACCAUGUGGUUCGCCAGUGUUACUUGUGCCUAAGAAAGACGGAGGCUGGCAUAUGUGUGUUGAUUAUAGGGAAAUUAACAAAAUAACCAUCAAGAAUCGGUAUCCAUUGCCGAGGAUUGAUGACCUGCUAGAUCAACUACAUGGUGCACGCUACUUCACUAAGCUUGAUCUCAAAUCUAGCUAUCACCAUGUCUGCAUCCAUGAAGAAGAUACUUGGAAGACUGCAUUCAAAACAAAGCAGGGACUCUUCGAGUGGUUAGUCAUGCCAUUCAGGUUAUGUAAUGCUCCAGCUACCUUCAUGCAAUUGAUGAGUGAGGUACUCCACCCUUUCAUUGACGACUUCAUCAUUGUAUACUUAGAUGACAUUCUCAUGUUUAUUUUUGUUGGUUUUAAGCCAUAA